GCAGUGUGGAGGAGCGUGGUGCGCACGCGCAUCCUCGCAUCACGCCAUCGGAAACCUCCGCCAGCUGCGCACGCUCGCACGCCCGCCGUCACAUCAGGUUUUCCCAGUUAUUUAUUUAAUUUGGUCCUUAUAUAAUGAUACGCAUCGACUUAAGGCAUACAUUGGCACAGUGAACCGACCGUCCAACCAGCUGGCGGGGCCGCUGCUCAUGUCCUCCUGAUCGACUUGACGUGACAGUGCUGACCUGGAUAACUUGCUGAGCCUGUGCCCCGCACUGAGGGAGGCCUCGUACAGACAGCUGUGUUUAGCAGCACACUCACGCAGUCUGCAGCUUGAAGGGUAUCAGCAGCAUCCCCAUCCCCGUCCCUCCUCCUCAGACCGCACUCAUCAUGACGGACCCCAGCCUCACAUCGCCCUCUGCGACGCCGCUUCGAUCCCCCGAUGCCUCGCUCACCGUGUCCUUCCCCUUCCUGAGGGAGGGCAGUCGGGUUUGGGAGGAAAGGGGGGAGCAGGCGCUACCAAGGGAACUCCCCAGCCCCCUGCCAACCAAACGUACUCGCACAUACUCAGCCACCGUCCGUGCUCACUCGGGUCCGGUGUUCAAGGGCGUUUGUAAGAACUUUUCAAGGUCGCAGGGGCACGGGUUUAUCCGACCCAGCCGUGGCGGCGAAGACGUCUUUGUUCACAUCUCAGACAUCGAUGGGGAAUAUGUUCCCGUUGAGGGCGAUGAGGUCACAUACAAAGUGUGCAGAGUCCCCCCGAAGAACCUGAAGGUGCAGGCGGUGGAGGUGAAGAUAAUUCAUCUGAACCCAGGCACGAAACACGAGACCUGGUCCGGGCAGAUCAUCAGUUCUUAGGUUUGAGCUCCAUGACCGUGGAUGUAGGUGACGGGUGGUGUAGAUUGAGGGACUGAAAACGUACGUCAUGCGCAUGUUUCCUUUUACGUUACAGUUUUACCCACCCGUUACCCACUGCUCCUCCACUUAACUGUAAUGGUGUUGAACAUUUUAUUCGUGUUGGUGUAAGUGCGUGUGGAAGGAGUAGAGAGUGACUUGAGGUGCCAAGCAUGGUUCCUUACCUUAGAUUUAGUAUACUUCCUUUCCUGAUACUUAAGGUACAAAAUACAGCUCAAAAUAUCGUUCCUGGUACUUAAGGUAAACUGCAAGUUACACUGCAAGGGGAUAGAAGAAACGUGAAUAUAUAUUUUACGAAUCAUAAAUAUUUGAGCAUUAAAACAGGAAAAAGUAGGUUACUUUAAAUGGAUGGUAGCAUUAAUGAGUCUUUGUCAGGAAUAAUUCUGUUAUUUACAGAAAAAGAAAGGAGGACUAAAGCAGACACACAACAUGCAUAGCAAACAUUUUAUUUUCUGUUGUUUUCUUGUCUCAUGCUCAUUUUCUUUCAUUAUUUAGCUGUUGAUCUUCUGUCGUAUCAAGUGAGGGAAAAUGUGAACGUCCAAAAUACAGAAACACAAAAUAAGAGCAAUCAUGUUCCGCUCAUUUUGCUGUUGUGUUUAAAACCGUACAGCGCAUGGAGCCAUGAUCUGACUAAAAUACUCCUUGUGUGUGUUUUUUGUAUGCUUAGUCUUUAUGAUAGUGGACUACAUGACUUUGUAGUUGGCCAUUGUUACUGAACUGUUGUUUGUACUGUAGAAUUUCAGGUUGUGAUCAGUUAUAUUGUGUUCUGACUGUACUACGACCUCUUAACCUUUCUGUCUGUGUCACUGCCUGAAACGUCAAUAUAGGAUUUGGAUCAUCUUUGUCACCUCAUUUAAUUUUUUCCUUUGUUGGUGGCUUCUACUGAGCCUUGGAAUUACAUGAAACCAAUUGAUGA